AUGCUUUUAAAUCCAGCCCCCAACUAUUUUGAAAGACCAGAGACAUCUGCCACCACUCCUCCAGCUUCUCGUUGUGGUUCAGCAGUUCCCAGAUCAUAUACCUUGGCACCAACAGUUGACCAUGCUGUCGAAAUCAAUGGGACCGAAAUCAACUGCCUUCCAGAAGAUAGUGAAUUCUUAAAAUUAAUCAAAGAACUAAAAAAGAUCUUAGGUCCAGAUAAAGGAUUAUCUUCAGAUGAUGUUGAUGUUGACCAAGUCAGACACCUCAUGGAAUCCUACGUCUCCAACGAGUCAGACUGGGAAAAAUUGGCAUUAUAUGAUCCUUCAAGGGCAUAUUCCCGAAAUGGAAUUAUCAACCUUAAUGGUAACGCAAACUUAUUAAUCUUGGUCUGGGCUCCCGGGAAAUCCAGUGCUAUUCAUGAUCAUGCCAAUGCUCAUUGUUGUAUGAAGAUCUUGGCUGGUGAAUUGGUUGAAUCAUUAUAUGAUGUCCCGACCAAUGAAGGGAAAUUAGAAGUUAAGAAAAAGACUACAUUGAAUAGAGAUGAAGUUGGUUAUAUUUCUGAUAAUAUUGGCUUACAUAGAAUUUCAAAUCCAUUGACUGAUAGGGUUAGUGUUUCUUUACAUUUAUAUACUCCUCCUUAUGCUGCUAUGUUUGGUUGCUCAAUGUAUGAAGCUAGUAAUGGAAGAAAACAUCAUGUUGAUAUGUCUAAAUACUAUAGUUGGCAAGGGAAAUUGGUAAAUGAAACUGAUGCUCUGAAUUGUUAG